AGCAGAAUGGGCUCAAGGGCAGGUUCAUCACUGAUCUUAAAGGGAGGGGUGUGUUCAGCUGUACUGACUUUGAGAAAGGAGAUUUCCUGCUGGAAUACUGAGGAGACCUCAUCAGCAAAGAAGAAUGUGAGCGGAGGCCAUGCACUUAAAGUUUUCAUGUUUGAGUUUGGCUACAAUGGAAAACUCCUCUGUGUCGAUGCAGCUCGAGGUGACGGUUCUCUUGGGCUUGUAAACGAUGACCAUAUUAACCCAAACAGCAGGAUUAAGACGACUCGUGUGGAUAUAAAACCUCACUUAUGUUUAUUUGCCACAAGGAGCAUCUGUCCUGGUGAAGAGAUCACAUACGAUUAUGGUGAUUCUGAGUGGCCAUGGAGAUGCACGGUACUGACACCUCUAUACUGUCAAUUCUGAUUUAUUGGAUUAUAG